AAGAAGUAAAUUUUAGCGUCAAUUUAGGAUCAAGUGAAACAAAAGUUAUGGAAACUUUCAAGAACUACGCUGUGUGCUUCGUGCUGUUUUUUGUGAACUGUUCUGCACAGUUGCAUUUUCACCACCGCAACUCAGAUGCUUCGUUACUUCGUAUAUUACAAAUUGAUAAGACCAAAGGUUUCGUAGCUCCAUUUGAUAAUAACAUAAAAACACUGUCAGUUGGUAGAAAUGGUCAUAUAUAUCCUGUAUCUUCUGAAUUCGGACCGGAUCAGAAAGAUCGCCUAGCAGAAAGGCAACAAGAUACCAUUUCAACUCGUCACAAUAUAUCUAUGUUAGAUGAUUCUAAGGUGCUGACAUCAACUAGUUUACCGGACAGUGCAGCUGCUUUGGGGCGAAAUGGGCGAAGUUUCCAUGAUAUAAUCAGGUUAAAGAGAAUUUCUCGGCAAGAGUUGUUACGAAAUUUAGAUCGAAACUAUAAUAAUAUUAAUGAAGAGAAGAAAGACAAUCGAUAUGAACACGCUAACACUCAAGUGGAAGAAACGGUUCUGUUCUCUCCCCGGACGUUUUCAUCUUCACAGCUAAAUUUCAACCGCUUUGACUCUACUUUAGACAGUGCAAGAACCGAUUUUGACCUGCUGCGCACAGCUCUUCCUCGACCUAUACCGAAUGGUGGCAUGUUGAGUCAACUAAUCUCGUGGUUGUCAUAUUUGCGGCCUGUAAACAAUCGGGCUAUACCAUAUGCACCAAUAAACCAGGAACUUCAGCAAAUUAGACCCAAAGUUCGUCGUAUAUCUACCCAUAAUUUAUCACUACUACGUGGUAGAGAGAAUUUUGCCUCGGGUAUGCCUCAACUACUUCUACAAAGGAGACAGCGUCAAUAUUUACCAGUUUAUGACAAUAUCCAUCAACUGACAAAAAGGCAGUUAGCCCCAUUACGACAAUUUCAGCGUCUUACAAUGCCAGUUAUUGAUGUCCCUAAACCAAAGAACUCAAACGUUUCAGCUGAAAAGCCGAUUGAAAAGAAAACUCCAGCCUGAAGAAUGGCCACUGAAGUUUCUAGUUUCACUUCAAUAGGGUCUAACCCUUUCGGACACUGUUAAAAAUGUACACCACGAUUUGAGCUAAACAACAUAAAAUUAUCAACUAGAAAUAUCAACAAAAGCCAGUAAAUAUUACAAAGGUGUACGUUAAACUUUCGAUCCUAACUAAGAUGUGAAUUUGGAUGUAGAACGGUAAGAACUUCUCUGCGAGUCCUGCUGCUUCCGGAAUUUUCUAGCUUGAAUACAAAAUCGAUUGAAUAAAUUAAACACCAAAGGAUACAAACCCGACAACAGCGAGACAGGAUAGUAAUACCUAAAGGGAACUUAUUAUAUUUUUUCUUAAUUAUUUUGAGCAAACCAGGAAGAUUUCUAGGAAAUUAUCAUGGCUAAUGUCCAAGGUCAAGAGCAUCAAAAUCCAUCAG